GCAGGGUAAGGGGUUAGGGAGUAUGGGGAAUACUUGUUUGGGGUAGGUUAGUCCAGGAACGUCUCUCUGAGGUAACAUUUGAGCAGAGGCCUGGAGGAAGUGUGAGGAUGAGCCUGUCUGGAAGAUACAGGCAGGAAACAGCUCAGCAGGUUUGAGGAAAAGCAAAGAGAUCUGUUGGUGGGAAAGGGUCAGGUCUUGUGGAACUCCAUAGGCCCUACAAAGGAGGACGCAAAGUCCUGUACUUAGCUCCAGGCUGCUGCAAGGGUAGGGGUUAGGCAGGAGGAGAGAAUCCAUGAAAGAUUUCUCCUCUGUUUGGGCCCCAGAGCCAGAAAAGCCCCUUUGUGCAGAAGGUGGGUGGCAUGUUCUGGGUAGGGGAAGUGCUGUGCUUGAUCUCAAGGCCUGCUCCUUGAGGAGCUGGACAAUGGGGCUCCUUGUGGUUGGACUUGGGGGCCAAGUGGCCCCCUGAAUAAUGGGAUUCCUUAGCCACGAGGCAUGUGACCCCAAGACCUUGGCUUCUUGCCAGAGGGUCUGGACCUGUUGCUAGGAAAUGAGAUGGGGGAAGGGAGAGGUAAGGGGGGUACCUCCAUCUGGAGGCCUUCUCUGGAGACAGUGCCCUGCUCUGUCUCAGGCUGCAGGAGGUGAGAGAUGGGUCGGGGGAGUGGGUGUGGCUCUGCUUGGAGCAGUAGGAAGGGCAAAAUCUACAAAUGGUUCUACAGUAGGCCAGGAGGGAGGAGCUGAUGCCCCCAGGCCCAGUGGGUGGGGACAGGCUGGAGAGGGCCUGGCAAUCCUGUCUGUUUGUGUCCCUUCAGAAGAGGAGAGAGCAUGGAGCUGGAGAGGAUUGUCAGUGCAGCCCUCCUUGCCUUUGUCCAGACGCACCUCCCGGAGGCCGACUUCAGUGGCUUGGAUGAGGUCAUCUUCUCCUAUGUGCUUGGGGUCCUGGAAGACCUGGGCCCCUCAGGCCCAUCAGAGGAGAACUUCGAUAUGGAGGCCUUCACUGAGAUGAUGGAGGCGUAUGUUCCUGGCUUCGCCCACAUCCCCAGGGGCACAAUAGGGGACAUGAUGCAGAAGCUCUCAGGGCAGCUGAGUGAUGCCAGGAACAAAGAGAACCUGCAACCUCAGAGCUCUAGUGUGCAAGGUCAGGUGCCCAUCUCCCCAGAGCCCCCGCAAUGGCCUGAAAAGCUCAAAGAAGAGACCAGGUCUUCUGCUGAUGCUGCUGGGGACACUCAAGAUGAGGCAGCUGGUGCUGAAGAAGAGCUGCUGCCAGCGGUGGAUAUACUCCUAGAGGUCUUCCCUACCUGUUCAGUGGAACAGGCCCAGUGGGUGCUGGCCAAAGCUCGGGGUGAUGUGGAGGAAGCUGUACAGAUGCUGGUAGAGGGGAAGGAAGAGAGGCCUCCAGCCUGGGAUGGCCCCAACCAGGACCUGCCCAGGUGCCUCAGAGGUCCCCAAAAGGAUGAGCUGAAGUCCUUCAUCCUGCAGAAGUACAUGAUGGUGGAUAGUGCAGAGGAUCAGAAGGUUCACCGGCCUAUGGCUCCCAAGGAGGCCCCCAAGAAGCUGAUCCGAUACAUUGACAACCAGAUAGUGAGCACCAAAGGGGAGCGAUUCAAAGAUGUGCGGAACCCUGAGGCGGAGGAGAUGAAGGCCACAUACAUCAACCUCAAGCCAGCCAGAAAGUACCGCUUCCACUGAGGAACUGGCUGGACUCUGCUGGAGCCUUCUAGGCUCAGGUCCCAGAGGGAUGCAGGAGCCCUACACCCCCACAUAGGGGACUCCCUAACUCCUGUCCCCCAUCUUUAUACCCCUUCUCUAUGUCCUUGCUCCAUAGUGUUAAUCUAUUCUUGGGGCUGCCUCCAUGGGCACAGUAAAGGUUGCCCAAGGAA